AUGGCCCAACCGUGGUGGAAAAGCUCAACUGUGUACCAGAUAUACCCUGUUUCUUUCUUCGACUCGAACGGAGAUGGUUUCGGUGACCUUAACGGAAUUGCAGCCAAGUUAGACUAUCUCAAAGAACUUGGCGUUGACAUACUGUGGCUUUCGCCGAUCUACAAGUCGCCGCUCGCGGAUAUGGGUCGCGGAUCGGAUUAUCGCGAGAUUGACCCAAAGUAUGGCACGUUGCAAGACUGGGAUAAUCUCCUGAAAGGCAUUCAUGACCGAGGAAUGAAGUUAAUGAUGGACCUGGUCGUCAAUCACACCUCGGAUGAGCAUGAAUGGUUUAUGCAAUCUCGAAGGAGCAAAGACGACCCCAAACGGGAUUGGUACAUCUGGCGUCCUCCGAAAUACGACUCCGAAGGGAACCGCCGUCCACCCAAUAACUGGAGAUCUGUCUUUGAAGGUUCUGCAUGGGAUUAUGAUGCUGAUACCGAUGAAUACUAUCUUCAUCUGUACAUUUCGAAACAACCCGAUCUCAAUUGGGCCAAUCCUGCUGUACGCGAAGCUGUCUAUGACUUGAUGAGGUUCUGGCUCGAUCGCGGGUGUGAUGGAUUCAGGAUGGAUGUGAUCAACAUCAUCUCCAAAGUCGACGGUCUUCCCGACGCACCUGUCCUCGACGUCAAUGAAGCCUUCCAACCAGCGGGCGUGCAUUUUGCUAAUGGCCCGCGUGUUCACGAGUACUUGAAAGAAAUGAGGGACAAAGUCCUGUCACGUUACGAUAUUAUCACGGUUGGCGAAACGCCUUUUACUGAAUCGAUGGAUGCGUUGGCGCUGUACGUUUUACCGGAUCAUAAAGAACUGAACAUGGUGUUCCACUUCGAGCUUAUGGAGCUGGACACCCCCAAGACCGUGAGGGACUGGAGCCCUUUGAUGCACCGACAAUGGACACUGGCUGAGUUCAAGGACAUCAUCAGCAGGUGGCAAGUUUUCAAGAGCGCCGAUGGUUUUUGGAACGCCAUCUUUAUUGAGAAUCACGACCAUACGCGCGCUGUCUCCAGAUUCGGAAACGACACAACUGAUGAGCUACGCGCUCUCUCUGCCAAGAUGUUGGCUAUCCUGGAAGUGACCCAGAAGGGCACAUUGUACAUCUAUCAAGGGCAAGAGUUAGGUUUGAAGAAUUUCCCGCCGAGUUGGAAGCUCGAGGAGUACAAAGAUGUCGCUUCGCAGAAUUACUGGAAGAGAGUUUUGGAGCGGCGAAUCCGCGAGACAGGUAAGAAAGCGGACGAGAUCGACAUGGAAGAUGUCUUUGAGGGUUUCCGGAGAAAGGCGCGGGACCAUGCUCGUGUACCGAUGCAGUGGGAUUCGUCUCUGAAUGCUGGAUUCACCAGUGGUGUACCCUGGAUGCGCGUAAACGAGGAUUAUCAGACAUGGAACGCCUCUAUUCAGCUUGCAGACGAUGGGAGUGUGUUUUCAUUCUAUAAACGCGCUCUUCAGACGCGCAAGCAGUACCCUGUUCUGAUCUUCGGAGAGUACGAGCUCCUCGUCCCGGAACACGAGCAUGUCUUUGCAUACAGAAGGACCUUGGCAGAGUCGAGAGUACAGGUGCUGGUCCUGCUCAAUUUUAGCGACAAGGUGGUGGAGCUCGACCUGCCUGUGGAUAAGGGGCCCGACAAUAUGAAGCUAGUGCUAGGAAACUAUGACAGGUCCGAGAUCGAUUCUUUCACGCUUAGAUCGUACGAAGGUAGAGUGUAUGUGUCCUUCUGAAACCGCAUCAUACAAAGAGAGAAUGAAUU